AUGUUGAUUUCCCGAGUCGCCGCACUGACUUUGGUCUGUCUGGCCUUACUACUGGCGGUCACGUUCGCCGACAAAUAUAAACUGAAUGGCUGGUAUUCGUGUUCUGACACCACGUUUUCCGACGAGGGGAGCACGACUGGCGGUAUUGCUCAGUGCGCGGUCUACAGAGCGCCUUUAUGCUACCCUGGAAUCUGUGAAACCCCGCCAUCGGUCGACUCGACUGUUGAUGUUUUUGUUAAGCAGCUCCCAGCGACGUCUAUUUUCGCUGGUUCUGCUAUCAACGUGUGGGUUGUCCAAGGUGGUCCAGGGUAUUCGUCGACCUCAUUGGAAACGACCAUGGAGUAUCUGCACUAUCUACUCGAAGGUAAAGCUAACAUUUUCACGAUGGACCAUCGUGGUACGGGCCGCAGCACGCUUCUGGAUUGUGUGACAGCUCAAGCUACUACUACUGGCUCUCCUUCUGGCAGGGACAUUGACCUGUCCGAAGUCGCUGCGUGUGCGCAGGAUCUCAAGUACAAGUUCGGUGACCUGUCUUCGUUUUCCAUGACGACGGCUGCCACUGACAUUGCGACGUUCAUCUCUAAGUUUACGAACGGCAAAGACACCAUUGUAUACGGCGUGAGUUACGGAACUGCGCUGGUAGAACGUCUGAUGCACUUGAAGACUCCGACGGUAAUCGGCUAUGUCCUGGACAGUGUUUUUACGACCACUGCCGCAUCCGAGGACAACUUCUCGUUUGAUUCGAAGAGCGACCGCGAUGUUGGGGAGGCGGCCGACGCUUUCCUCGAGCUGUGCAUCGACGACGACGAAUGCAGUCGCUACUUUAAGGCCGGCAGUCUUUCUACUUCCCUCCGUCAUCUCAUUGAGAAGUUUGACAGGCAACCAAACUCCACCUGCGCUCAGCUGGUAAGCACAGAAGGUGCCCAGUCUAAAGACUUACCGUCAUCUUCGCUUCGUGGCACCCUGGGCGGGAUGCUAGCUGAUCCAACGUGGCGAGCUUUCAUUCCACCGGUGAUUUACAGACUGACUCACUGUACAAAAGGAGAUCGCAUCGUUUUGACGCAACUCUUCGCAAGUCUCAAGUCGGCCGCCGAAGCAACAACCCAGGGCGACGUGUACACGUCUUUGCUUCAGUACUAUCUGAUCAUCUUCUCCGAAAUGUGGGAGACGCCCGCACCGUCUUUUCGGGUGCUGAAGAAACGAAUGAAAGACGCGACGAUGUACGCAGGUUUUACCACAGAUACGUACAAGACGAAUGAGUUGUUUUGCGCUUUUUCCAAAGAAAAGUCUCCGACUUGUGACAGACUCCAACUGGACAACGAUGGCUCAAGUGCCAUCAUCUACGAGCGCGACCGAUAUUGGAACAAGACUUUGGUCAUUCCAAGGCGUGCAAGUGUGUUGCUAAUGAGCAGCAAACUGGAUCCUCAAACUCCUUACAAGUAUGCCGAGACUCUGUUCGAAGGGAUGGUGGGCUCUAAGAAAGAGCUAGUUGCGUUCGAGUAUGCUACGCAUAGUACCAUCAUGUCAACCCCGAUUGAUGGGUCCGAUGAAUUCUGCGGAAUGAAUUUGUUGGUGUUGUACGUGAAGAAUCGCGGAAACCUCGACCGUCUUGACAAGUCGUGCUUGGACAAGAUGCCAGCGCUGAAUCUGACGAUACCGCCAGACAUUCGGUCGGAAUAUUUUGGUACACAGGAUGUGUACGAUGGUAAGACGAAAAGAGCUCGGACCUCUCUCUCUACGUAG